UUGAGUGGUGGAGAAAGAACAUUAACGGCCACGGCCCUCUUAUUCGCCAUCUACCUGAUCAAACCGGCCCCGUUCUGUAUCCUGGAUGAGGUGGACGCCCCGCUGGAUGAUGCCAACGUAAGCAAAUUCACCAAGAUGAUCCGCCAGUUCAGUGAUAACUCACAGUUCAUUAUUGUAACACACAACAAAAUGACGAUGAGUACUGUGGAUGUGAUCUAUGGGGUGACGAUGCAGGAGCCUGGC